AUGGAUGGCAAUGAGUUUGAUUUGGACAAUUUGAUCCACAAGCUGAAGCGUGCUGGUGACAUUGUCCCCGAAAUCCUGCCGGAAAGGGUGCUGAAACUGGCUUGUCAGCAGUUGAAAAAUAUUUUGAUCGAGGAGAGCAAUGUGCAACCGGUGCAGUUGCCCGUGGUGAUAUGUGGUGACAUACAUGGUCAAUAUUUUGACAUGCUGGAGUUGUUCAACAUAGGCGGACACAUUCCAGAGAAGAACUACAUCUUCAUGGGUGAUUUUGUCGAUCGAGGCUACAACAGCGUAGAGACGUUUGAGCUCCUCAUGCUGCUCAAGCUCCGGUAUCCCGCAAGCAUUACAUUGCUUCGUGGCAACCACGAGUCCCGUCAGAUCACGCAGGUCUAUGGAUUUUAUGAUGAGUGCUUGCGCAAGUACGGCAAUGCAAAUCCAUGGAAGUAUUGCACAGAAGUGUUCGACUACUUGACCUUGUCUGCUAUUGUUGAGAACUCGAUUUUUUGUGUGCACGGGGGGCUAUCGCCAGACGUUAAGAUCCUCGAUCAGAUCCGCACAAUCAAUCGUGUGCAGGAGAUUCCCCACGAGGGUGCGUUUGGGGACCUCGUGUGGUCCGAUCCCGAAGACAUAGAGGCAUGGGCUGUGAGCCCAAGGGGUGCAGGCUGGCUAUUUGGAGAGCGACCUACGCAGCACUUCAAUCGCCUCAACGGCUUGGAUCUCAUUGCAAGAGCACAUCAGCUCGUGCAGGAAGGUUACAAGUACAUGUUUAGCGACUCGCAGGAGAGCAAGACUGGACUGCUGGUGACAGUGUGGUCAGCUCCAAAUUAUUGCUAUCGAUGUGGAAAUGUGGCAUCUAUCCUUGAUAUUGAUGAGCGGAACCAGCGUGAGUUCCGAAUAUUUCAAGAAGUUCCAGCUUCUGCUUCAGCUGUGCCCCCUCGGCAGCUUGUCCCGUACUUCCUUUGA